GGUGCGAGCUCUGCUGCUGAUGAUGACGAAGAAGGAGUCAAGGUCAAGACCCCCGAGGAGAAGUACUCAGAAAUUGCCAACGAGAUCGCAACUCGAGUUCCCGAAGCCUUUGAUUUGGGUCAUGCAUUGCGAACCUAUCCAGUGCGCUAUGACGAAUGUCUCAACACCGUGCUGCACAUGGAGUUGGGCAAGUUCAACAGGCUGCUGGUUCGAAUUAAGGGCACUUGCAGCAACCUGAUCAAGGCUGUCAAGGGAUUGGUGGUCUUCUCACCAGAGCUUGAAGCAGUUGCCGAUGGAUGCUUGACCAACAAGAUCCCUGGACCUUGGAUGGGUGUCUCCUACCCGUCUUUGAAGCCGUUGCAGUCAUAUGUGGAUGAUUUCCUGCUGCGAUUGAAGUUCAUGAACAACUGGAUCAAGGACGGCAUUCCUUACAUGUUCUGGUUCUCUGCGUACUUCUUCCAGCAGGCAUUCCUCACGGGCGUACUGCAGAACUUUGCCCGAACAGACAAGAUUGCAAUUGAUCGCUGCAUCUGGAACUUCGAGGUGCUGAAGGCUGCAUUCAAACCGGAGGAGUAUCCUCAGAAGGGUGCCUAUAUCAACGGCUUGUUCAUGGCUGGAGCUCGCUGGGAUGACGACAACAUGUGCAUUGAGGAUUCCUUCCCGAAGGUGCUGUGGGCUGAGAUGUCUCCGGUGUGGCUGAAGCCGGUUGAGAAGUCGGAUGAUGCGCACAACUACGACAAGCUGUACAAUGCUCCAAUCUACAAGACGUCCGAGCGCAAGGGUGUGCUGUCCACAAGCGGUCACUCCUCCAACUUCAUCAUGUACCUCGCGAUUCCCCACUCCUGCAAUGGUGUCCACAGUGAGGAGUUCUGGACCAAGCGAGGAGUUGCCCUCAUUUCGCAAACAGAUGACUAGACGUGUACCUGUGGGAUCAAAUGCAGACUUUUCUUGCCUUUGCCAAAGGGGUUGUUCAUGCUGAAACGUGUCAAUGUGCUAAGUUGUUGUGGCACAACUGCCGCUGCAACACUAAAGUUUUUCCGCGACAAUCCCGAGCAUUGCUGGAAACCAUGCAUGCUUGCCACUUUUCGGCAGCCUGAGUGUAUCACCAACCAUCUAGAAG